AAAUAGGACUUCCUUGUCAAAUUCGACACAUUACAAAACAAACACAUAUAUAGCACACAUAAUUUCCACCAUUCAGUUAUUAAAGACAGAAAAUGAAGACGGAUAGUUCAAUGAACCAAGAUGAAGUAAAGCAGGUUGCAGCUUAUAAGAACCUGACGAAGGUCAUCCAGUCAGCUGCCGAUGCUACUUAUCCAGAGCUCAAGUUGACCGCCGUCAGGGAACUUAACACUCUGCUUUCCUUGGAGAGUCCACCCAUUGAUGAACUGAUCCAAAAUGGCAUACUGCCCAUCCUGGUGGACUGCCUCAAGGAAAACAGCCAUGUAAACCUACAAGUUGAGGCUGCCUGGGCCUUGACCAACAUGACCUCUGGAAACUCUGAACAAACCAUCCAAGUGGUGGCUGCUGGUACUGUGCCAUUUUUUCUGGAAUUUCUUAAAUCAGAAAAUCUGGAUAUUUAUGAACCUGCCCUUUGGGCUUUGGGCAACAUUAUAGGCGAUGGUCCCUUGCUGCGGGAAUUUGUCAUCAGAAUGGGCGUGGUUCAGCCUCUGGUCUCUUUUACUCAGCGGAAUGUGCCAUCUCCGAUCCUUUACAAUGUGGCCUUGGUAAUAGGCAAUCUGUGCAGAUCCUACUGCUAUCCAACGAUAUCGACAGAAACUGUACUGCAGAUCCUGCCGGCCCUCGAAGUGCUCAUCAGUCACGAGGACUUGGACAUCUUGAAGUGCGCUUUGUGGGCCAUCGCUUUUUUGGCCGACAAUGGAAAGGAACUCAUUCAAACGGUAUUAGAAAGUGGAGUGCUGCCUAAAUUGAUAUCCUUCAUGGGUCACAAGGAGAUCAAGAUACAAUCUCCUGCCCUGCGAGUAGUGGGAAAUAUUCUGAAAGGAACUGAUGAGCAGUGUCAAAUGGUUUUGAACCAAGAUCCGUUUUCCCAUUUCCCACCGGAGGGCUUUUGUUCCAACAAUAACAUCUUAGAGGAGGAGUUUCGGUUCCUCUGCAGUGUGACUUCCUGUAACCAUGUUUGGGUGCAGGCCAUCAUCGAUGUGGGCUUGAUUUCCAAAAUCAUAGAGAUGUUGAAUGGCGGUGGAUUGCUGGAACACGUGGGUGCCACGGCUAUAUGUAAUCUUACUAAGCAUUGCACUGAGGAUCAGAUGAUAACUUUAAUCAGGCAAGGUGUCCUUAAGCCGUUCUGCGAUGUCCUAACUGGCCAAUUUGAGGAAACUACCAAGACAGUGCUAAGUGCCCUAAGCAAUAUGCUCAAGAUGGCCCAUACCCAUGCAGAUGAGCUGGCCAAAUCCAUUUAUGAUUGUGGGGGAUUGGCUAAAAUCGAAGAGCUCCAGACCCACGAGAGCGUUGAGAUCUAUGAGGCAGCUCAACAAAUCAUUGAACUUUACUUUGGCGAUGAUAGUUAAACCAGCUUUAAUUUUAUUUUAUGUAAAUUCUUUAAAUUUCUACUCGAGACUUUUUAAAUAAACAAAUCCCAGUAAAUACCAUUA